UUCAAGGGCGUUUUGAGAACACAUUUUGAUGUGAUAUGCUUUUCAUAGUUCCUCGGAAGAAUCUAAAAUGCUAAAAACAUUAAAGCAAUCCGCCAUUGUUGCUAAACACAUACUUUCUCUCUCCUCCUCCACAAAAUCCUUCACCCGCCAUCUUUCAAUCAAAACAUUCCCGCCACUUCAAUCAAAGUUAAGUGCCCUAUGCUCCAACGGUCAAUUGCAGGAUGCCCUGCUAGAAAUGGCGGUUCAAGGUCUAGAAAUCAAGUUUGAAGGGUACGAUACCAUCUUAAACGAAUGUGUGAACAGAAAAGCCCUUAGAGAAGGUCAAAGAGUACAUACCCACAUGAUUAAAACUCAGUAUUUUCCGCCAUUGUACCUCAGAACUCGGCUGGUUAUCUUGUAUUGUAAGUGUGAUUGUUUGGAUGAUGCACGCCAUGUGUUCGAUGAAAUGCCGGAACGAAAUGUGGUUUCUUGGACUGCCAUGAUUUCGGGAUAUUCACAAAAUGGGUUUUCCUCCGAGGCCUUGAGUCUCUUUGUACAGAUGUUAAGAUCAGGUACAGAACCAAAUGAGUUUACUUUGGCAACUACACUCCCUUGUUGUACAGGUGAUUGUGGGCUUGAUUAUGGAAGACAGAUUCACUCUGUUAUAAUAAGGUAUAAUUAUGAGUCUCAUGUAUUUGUUGGGAGCUCACUUCUUGACAUGUAUGCGAAAGCUGGAAAAAUCCAUGAAGCUCAAAGAGUUUUUGAUGGUUUAGUUGAGAGAGAUGUUGUCUCCUGUACUGCGAUGAUAGCAGGGUAUGCUCAAUUGGGUUUUGAUGUAGAGGCAGUUGAAUUGUUCCGUAGGCUACUGAAGGAAGGGAUGAGUUCAAAUUAUGUUACUUAUACUAGUCUCCUGACUGCACUUUCUGGACUUGCUGCUCUAGAUCAAGGCAAGCAAGUUCAUAAUCAUAUUUUGAGACGUGAACUUGUGUCUUAUGUAGUUCUGCAGAACUCAAUGAUUGAUAUGUAUGCAAAAUGUGGAAACCUCAUGUAUGCAAGAAGGGUUUUUGAUAGAAUUCCUGAGAGAAGUGUCAUCUCAUGGAAUGCCAUGCUUGUGGGGUAUAGUAAACAUGGGAUGGGGUCAAAUGUGAUUGAGCUUUUCAAAUUAAUGAGAGCAGAAGGCAAAGUCAAACCUGAUAGUGUAACUUUCUUAGCUGUUUUAUCUGGAUGCAGUCAUGGUGGAAUGGAAGAUACUGGACUGGGAAUUUUUGAUGAGAUGGUGGCACAAAAAGAUGGGUUUAUGCCAAACAUAGAGCAUUAUGGUUGUGUUGUAGAUUUACUUGGGCGUUCUGGGCGAUUAGAGCAGGCUCUAAAGUUUAUUGAUGAGAUGCCAUAUAAACCAACAGCUGCUAUUUGGGGAUCGCUUUUAGGCGCAUGCAAGGUUCACUCAAAUAUAGAUGUUGGAGAAUAUGUGGGUAGUAAACUUGUGGAAAUAGAGCCUGAAAAUGCUGGAAAUUAUGUAAUUUUAUCUAAUUUAUAUGCCUCUGCAGGGAGAUGGGAAGAGGUAAGAAAUUUGAGAGAAUUGAUGAAAGAAAAGGCUGUGAGUAAGGAACCAGGAAGGAGCUGGAUUGAGAUUGAUCAAACUCUUCAUACUUUCCAUGCUAGCGAUCGGUCACAUCCUAGGAAGGAUGAGGUUCAAAUGAAAGUAAAGGAAUUGUUAGUACGAUUAAAGGAAGCUGGUUAUGAACCUGAUCUUAGUUGUGUCUUAUAUGAUGUUGAAGACGAACAAAAGGAGAAGAUACUCAUGGGACAUAGUGAAAAGCUGGCUUUAGCAUUUGGACUUCUAAGUACUUGUGAAGGAUCCCCACUUAGAGUAAUAAAAAACCUUAGAAUCUGUGUUGAUUGCCACAAUUUUGCCAAAUUCAUCUCAAAGCUCUAUGGAAGACAAGUCUCUAUAAGGGAUAAAAACCGCUUCCAUCAUAUUAAAGGCGGUGUCUGUUCUUGUGGGGAUUAUUGGUGAUGUCCUGAUAGCAUUAUUGGUGGAAAUCACUUUAUUUCCCAUUAUGUUGUUUGAAGAGCAACAUUAUGCUGAAUUUCAAUACAAAAUUAUCUCUAGAUUGACACAAUACAUGGCAAUGAUGUGGGAAUCAAAACAUGUUUUUUAUCAGUGAAAAUUUCACUGGAUAUCAUUUGAUCGAUCAACUAGAGGUUACUGCCUUGGUCUGCCUGGACUUAUUCAUUGUGUAUUGGAGUUUGGACUCUGAGUUAUUGGAAAUAGCCUCUCUGUUAUAGUAGGGGUAACUGGAAAUCCCGCCCCCUUCCUUGAGCAUUUAACUAGCUGAUGGAACAUGAUGUUUUAUCCAGUCUUGGAACUCCAUCUGAGUUGGGGGAAGAAGUGUUUUGGGAGGAUUUGAAAGUUAACCAAGGGCUCCAAAAAAGCAAGCGAUUUCUUGGUAGAGUUAAGAUUAUCAAUUAGAGCAGGAAUUACUGCAAUACUGUUUCUGAAAUAUGAUUCAAGGGUUACUGCUAAAAAGUUUUGACGCGCAAUUUAGAAGGUGGACCAUGGUGCACCUUAAGAACAUUAGUAUAUAAUUAAAAGAACAUCUGGUUACGUAAAAAGAACAUGGACAUAUAUUUUUUUAUAUUUUUAAUAAAUUGUGAUUUUUUAUAACAAAAAAGUAAAACAUUAUAUUGCAUGUUCUUUUGUCGUAGUGUCAUGUUCUUUUGUUUAUGUACAUGUGUUCUUUUGGUGCACAUGGUGCAUCAUGCUCUAUGUGCACCAUGGUCCAUAGUCCACGGAUUGAGUCUUAUGGCCCGUGCAAGGCACAGAUUGUACAUACGACAUAGG